UAAACGUCAUAGUACAAAUAGCAGCUUUCAUUUUAACGGUUACAUUGUUGAAUGUAUGUUCAACAAAUUAUUUACCAGUCAUAACCAAAAUAUUUUUAUCAAUAAAUCUUUCUCUUCAUCAAAUGGUGCUCACAAUAAAAUUUACAACAGAACUGUUUGAAAAAUGUCUAUAAAUAUAGUUUAAAUCAAGCGAUGUUAUUUCUGUUACUGUCAAUUUCCUUCCUGUAGUUCCAUAUAUGUAUAAUUAAUAUGAUAUAUUAAACCUUCCUGUUUUGUUUUAACUUAAUUGUGUAUAGGGUACUUUGAAUUAACAGCAGAAAUGAUGCAGGUUUGUGAUUUCAUUUUAUGAGGAGUAUUUAUUCCAGUAAUCAGCUUCUGAUAAUAAUUUUCAAUCAUGUUAGAAUGUACCAAUACUUAUUUUUAGGACACGGAAACUGGUAUAUAUGAAAACAUGUGGCUUUCACAGGCCAAGUUAGAAGCUGGAAAACAGAGAUCUGGUAGACAUCAGAGGGGCAGAGGAAGUGGAAGUUGUGUUCUCUUCAUUCUUGACUGUUCAGAAAGCAUGAGGGGGGAACCUUUCAGAGAAAUGAAAAGGGGAGUCUUGGCGAUACUAGACGGUGGGUCAAUUAAUAUCGUGUGUGGGUACAAUGUGUUCAAGUACAAUGUGAUGUAUGAUAAUGCUGGUAUUUUAAUUCCAUUUAUAGGGUUCUAUCAACACCCAGGGAUGGGUGAAAAUGUCUCUGUUAUAGUGAUGGGGCACGAAACAAAAUUCCUGCAGUAUUACUCAAACCAAUAUUUGACAAUCAAACAACACAUAGAGGAGGUGGAAUGUGGCGGACCCUCGCCUCUCACUGCCGCCUUUCUAUUGGCCCUCGGGGGACUGUACGAAGGAGCAGCCCAUACCAGCAAAGUUGGUGACUUUCUUCUCCAUCCCAGAGUGGUACUAUUUACAGAUGGUCAAAUUACAGACUUCACAGAUGCAUGCGCUACCGACAGUGAGGCGGAUCUAACAUCUAAUGACCGUAUAUUAGUACCAUUCUUUUCUGUUUUACAUCGAAUAGGAGAAAAUAAUCCGAUAUUCUGUUUCCCAGUUGGAGAGAACCCAAAUUACGCUUUAUUACAAACUAUAUCAAGAGGUUCUAAGGGAGGCAGAGUUUUGGAGAUUUGUGAAGCAAAGUGCUUUGGACGAUAUACCCUCCAUUACAUUUCAGCAGAUAUGAUAUCCAAAGUAACAAACAAGGAUGAAAUAGAUAGAGGGAAUUUGAGAUCGGUGGCUGAAUCUGUACUGGAAUGGCAGACCUAUGAUGAAGACGAUUUG